AUGGUGCCCAUGACGCCGAACUCCCACUCAUGGGUGUACGACCGGAUGCGCUCGUUCACCAGGCUGACGCGCAUGCCGAGCUGCCGUCGCAGCGACUGGCGUCGACACCAUCUCCUGGUCGAAUCGCGUGGUGGAUGGCUACAGGAGGUCAUCCAUAACGGCAGAGAAGAGGAUUUAGAAAGAGCAGCAGGCAGGAGACGAAGGCGAAGCAGAAGAGGAUGGGAAAGUUGGUGA